CCCCUCCAAAUGAUCAGGUGAUCAACAUCUCAGUGUGUUGCCAAGGCUGACCAGUCUGCGCCACCCCAGGGUGAGAAUGCUGAGGCAGACAUGCAGUUUAUUUUUGGGUCAGUGACAGUGUGUCAAUGGCCGCAGAUGCGUCGCAAAGGAAGGCUCUGAGAUAUCAACAGACCCUGCUGUAUGGAGAGUACAGAGAGCACCCAGGAGGGUCCCGUCGGCGAGAGGCUACCCGUCUGCUGACAGAGAGGCAGCUGAAGAAGCAUGGUGCCCAUCACCAUCAUCAUGGACACCAUCACCAUGGGCACCACGGUCACCACGGCCGGAGCCACAGCCGCCACCGCAGCCGCCAUCACCUGGAGCUGGAGAAAGGAAGCUUUCGUGAUGGACAAAAACCUGAGGAGACCCAUACAUCUUCCAUAAAGACACGACGCUCCUACUCCAAAUGCAAAGACUGUGUGGCUCGAGUACAGAAGUUUCUAGUAAAUAAAUUAGGAGAAGAUUGGAUCUUCCUAGUGUUCCUGGGUAUUUCCAUGGCAUUAGUCAGUUGGAGUAUGGACUAUGCCAGUGCCAAAAGCCUCCAAGCUUAUAAGUGGGUGUAUGGGGAGCUGAGUGGAAAUGUGCCUUUGCAGUACUUGGUCUGGGUCUCCUAUCCAAUGGUGCUCAUCAUGUUCGCCUCCUUCUUCUGCCACCUGAUUGCUCCUCAGGCCAUCGGUUCUGGUAUCCCUGAGCUAAAGACCAUCCUCAGAGGGGUUGUGCUGAAAGAAUAUCUCACACUUAGGGCUUUUGCUGCCAAAGUGGUCGGACUUACUGCUGGACUAGGUAGCGGAAUGCCAGUAGGCAAGGAGGGUCCUUUUGUACACAUAGCCAGUAUCUGUGCCGCUUCGCUCAGCAAGUUUAUGUCCUUCUUCUCUGGAGUCUAUCAGAGCCCAUACUGCUACACAGACAUCCUCACAGUCGGUUGUGCAGUGGGGGUAGGCUGCUGUUUUGGCACCCCUCUUGGAGGAGUGUUGUUCAGCAUUGAGGUUACAUCAACCUACUUUGCAGUGAGAAACUAUUGGAGGGGCUACUUUGCUGCCACAUUCAGUGCCUUCAUAUUCAGGGUGCUUUCAGUGUUUAAUAAAGAUACUGUCACCAUCACUGCUCUCUUUCGUACCAAGUUCCGCAUGGACUUCCCCUUCGACCUGCAGGAGCUGCCAGCGUUCGCCGUCAUUGGCAUUUCUUGUGGUUUUCUUGGAGCUUUCUUCGUCUACUUGAACCGGCAGGUUGUCCUGUUCAUGAGAAGACCCAAUACCCUUACACGCUUCCUUACCAAACACCGGCUGAUUUUUCCAGGAGUUGUUACUUUUUUGGUCACAACGUUGACAUUCCCUCCAGGAUUUGGACAGUUCAUGGCAGGAGAGCUAAUGCCCCGAGAGGCCAUCAAUUCUCUGUUUGAUAACUUCACCUGGACUAAGAUUUGGGGGUCCCCCACCCCACCUGGUCUGGGACGAUCUUCUGCCUGGUUUCAUCCUGAUGUCAAUGUCUUCAUCAUACUCCUUCUUUUCUUCAUCAUGAAGUUCUGGAUGUCAGUUGUUUCAACUACAAUGCCCAUCCCUUCUGGAGCCUUCAUGCCAGUGUUUGUACUUGGUGCAUCAUUUGGUCGUCUGGUGGGCGAGAUCAUGGCUGCUCUCUUCCCUCAUGGCAUUUUGUUUGAUGGGAUACUCUACCGCAUCAUCCCUGGAGGGUAUGCUGUCAUUGGUGCGGCAGCAUUGACAGGGGCGGUCACUCACACGGUCUCCACGGCAGUGAUAUGUUUUGAGCUGACUGGUCAGAUCUCUCACAUUCUCCCAAUGAUGGUAGCAGUUAUCCUGGCCAAUAUGGUAGCCCAGGGGCUUCAGCCUUCACUGUAUGACUCCAUCAUCCAGGUCAAGAAGCUGCCCUACCUGCCUGAGUUGGGCUUCGGACAUAUAAGUCAGUAUAAUAUCUUUGUUGAAGACAUCAUGGUAAGAAAAGUGAAGUUUCUGUGCUCACAGUCCACAUACAGAGAACUGCUGUAUCUGCUAGACUCUACCUCCCUCAAGACAAUCCCUCUGGUGGAUUCAAAAGAAUCAAUGAUCCUUUUGGGCAGCAUUGAUCGGUCUGAGCUACUUGCACUCUGUGAUUGGUGGCUGUCAGCAGAGAGGCGGCUCCUGAUGCAAGGACAGGGGUGGCAAGGUCAAGGGCCAUGUGCCAAGGUCAGCUGGGAAUCUUUUGCCUUUGUGGAUGAAGAAGGAGAGGAAAGUGCAGGUGAUAAGAGUACGCCCAUACAAGAGGAAAGAAAUGGCCCUUUACCUUCAUCCAAACCUCCAGAACCUUCCACAAAUCACACCACCUCAGAUAAAGGCCCCCUUCAGUCUUUCAGGAGAACUUUACAUAAUCUCUUUUCUUCCUCUUCAGAAAGACAGGCAGAGGGUCAGACACAGGAGCCGACUCCUCCACCCCUCACUGAUACAAUGACACCUGAAGAGAUAAAAGCAUGGGAGGAGUCAGAGAUGGAUAAGCCACUAGAGCUCGACCAGAUACGGAUAGAUCCCUCCCCUUUCCAGCUAGUGGAGAGAACGUCACUACACAAGACUCAUACAUUGUUCUCCUUACUGGGUCUCAGUCAUGCCUAUGUAACCAGCAUAGGCAAGCUGGUUGGAGUUGUGGCACUGAAGGAGCUUCAGAAAGCCAUUGAGGGCUCUACGCGGAGCGGUGUCCGCUUGCGGCCUCCUCUGGCCAGCUUUCGCGACACCAGACGCAAGUCCUCGAAGCCGUCGCAGACUUCGCCAGCUCCGUCUUCCCCCGUCUCUCCUCCGGGCUCUCCAUCUUCCCCCUCUUCUCCUAUCAUGACCCCAGCGGUUACACCCCAAGUCCCUACCCCUGUCCCCCCAGCCCCAGCCCCAGCCCGACAGCAGGAGGAGAUGGAGGUGUGGAUUGAAGGAGUAACACGGGAGGUGGUGGUAGAGAACACCAGCAGUUCCACCACAGGAAGUAGCAGCAGUGAGGCAAGUCCCAACAGCACCCCGCCCAUGCCCUCUUCGUCUCCUCCUUCCAUCCCUCUCUCCACCCUGCAGCCUGCCCCUGAGAACACAGGAGACAGCACGGAAGAGAGCGAUGACGAGGAACCUGUUUAGGAGCUGUGAAAAGUGAUCUUAUUUUUAUAUAUAUUUUCUGUUGUUUUUUUAAUGCUGUUUCUGAAAGAGUGAUGUCUGUUAUUUAUUUAGACUGCCUUUUUCUGGGCAUCUGUGAAUCUGUAAAACAUUAUUUUGAUUAAUUCUGCGUAAUGUUCUUGGUUCAAGAAGCAAUAAUGGUAAGAUCACUCUGUUACUGUCUUUCACUUUCUUAACUUUUUUUUUUCACUGAAUGUUUCCAAAAGCACUGACAAAAAUGAGGACUUUUUGUUCGUCUUCCUGUUAAAGUAGGUAAUUAAAAAAAUAGGCACUUAUUCCCCGUCUUUUUAGGUAGAGAAUUUUACAUACCAUAUUAGUUACAUUUAUGAAAUUAAAUUUUGCUUGAGUUGCAAAAUUAAAUACUGCUUGAGUUUUAGCAUUAAAAAUGUAAUUCAUCCAUUUCUCUACAAAGUCUUUAAAUCAUUUGCAAAGUCAAAUAAAAUAAAUAAAUCCACAAGAAGAUCUUAGUAUUUCGACAGAAUCAUGAAUCUGAAUCAUUAAUUUAGUGUAGAAAUAUAACACAGCAGCAUUUAGUAUCAUAUUCAGUUAUACAUUAAUUGGUUAACUUGCAGGACUGUGUGUUGUCACAGGCAUGGCAUGAGCAGCUCUUAAAACAUAGCAAUGUCAUACAUUUUAGUGUGUCACAAGUUCCUUUUUAGGACCAGUCAAAGUGUUGUAUCCUUUUCUUUUCAGCCCUGUUUGUGGAGCCUAAAGCUUCCAAAUUGUUGACAUUCAGCCAGCAGGUGGUGCCCUAUGAACUAUUCAGCACUGAAACUUUAGUUUAAAUUUAGGGUGUGUUCAAGUGCUGCAGAUGCACUGCAGAGCCUGCAGUUUUCAUAUAAUAUGCAUGCAGCAUCUUUUGCUAAUAUUUACAUGGCAAGCAGCGCUUCUGUGCAGAACUGGAUGAAAUCUGCAUUUGCAUUCUGCCAUAGUUUUUACUGCCUCUUCACUUUGUCUUUUCCUGUGAUGAUCCUAUUAUCAUUAAGACUUACUUUGAAACGUAUGAAUUCCUCAUAUUUAC